AUUAAUUCCCAUGUUAUGGUAAUAGAUAUUGGAGAUGGCCCGAGAAGAUGCCCUAGAUAUUGGGCCGAUGAUGAAAUCCAAUUUGAUCACAUUGUUGUAAAAUACAUGCAAAGUGAAAGUUGUCCAUAUUACACACGUCGAGAAUUUAACGUGACUAAUUGCAAAAUAAAUGACACACUUAAAGUAACACAACUGCAAUAUAAUGGCUGGCCUACAGUAGAGGGAGAAGUUCCAGAAGUUUGUCGCGGUAUAAUAGAACUUGUUGAUCAGGCUUUGAGCAACCAUAACAAAGAGAAAAAUGUAGGGUGCAAAUCACCACUUACAGUUCAUUGCAGUUUGGGGACUGACAGAAGCUCUAUAUUUGUGGCCAUGUGCAUUCUUGUGCAGCAGCUGCGAAAUGAAAAGUGCGUCGAUAUAUGUACAACAGCUAGGAAAAUAAGAUCUCAAAGACCAAGGCUUCUCGACACAUAUGCACAAUAUGAGUUCCUAUAUCGUGCUAUAGUCAACUACGCCGAUCUCCAUAAAUUAUCUUCUGAAUAAACGUAAUCGCAUCGGCUAUAACUAAACAAAGGAGAAGCCAUUUAUCACUUAUACUCAAAUAGAUUUAAUAUUUUAUAUAACACCGAUCAUUUUGUAUAAAAUCUUAAGAUAAUUUUGUAAGUUCAACAUACCAUUAUAUAUUAUUCAAUCUUAUUCAACUACUGGUAGCAUAAUGUGUUAAGCGGAUAACCAAAGGACUUUAAGUGUAAAAUUUUAUAUGUAUAACAAAUAAAAAGUUUUAUACAGAAAUUUGUUUAAUUAACUAUAA